CACACACCAAUCACUUCGCUCUCGAUUUCUUCCUUUCCCUCUUUGCAAACACAAUUCUCCGAUUCAGUUCAUAAUUUCGAUCGCAAAGCAAAUGAUCCCACAACAAGAACCCGAUUUCAAUCUCAAUCACCUCAAAUUAUAUUACGGAAAGCUGUUUCCGUUUGCUGAUUUAGUUAGAUGGGUGUCGUAUGGCAACGAUGGAAAGCACCCUGGUUGUGAUCAAUCCUACAUUGGGCGAAGAGAGUUUUCCUUCACUCUGGAGAAUGAUAUAUAUCUGCGUUUCCAAUCUUUCCACAAUGCACUUGAGCUCGAAAACUCCAUCAAAGAAAAGACCCCUGUUAAGAUAGAUAUUGGACCUGUCUACACUGUUGAUCCUGCAAAAAGGAAUGCCUAUGCACAGAGUGGCGAUAAUAAUGUCUUUGCCCCAGUUGAGAGGGAGUUGAUUUUUGAUAUAGAUAUGUCAGAUUAUGAUGAUGUUAGAUACUGCUGUUCGGGUGCCGAUGUUUGUUUGGUUUGCUGGCCGUUGAUGACUAUAGCGAUCAAAGUGAUUGAUACUGCCUUAAGAGAUGACUUUGGUUUCAAGCACAUUCUCUGGGUAUACAGUGGUCGCAGAGGUGUUCAUUGUUGGGUCUGUGAUGGAAAGGCGAGAAGGUUGACAAAUGAGCAAAGAGGAGCUAUUGCUGACUAUUUUCGUGUCUACAAGGGCAAUGAAAACAGUCACAAGAAGGUUUCUUUGAUGGGUGCUGCUCUUCAUCCUUUCUUGGCGACGUCAUACACUAAUGUUCUCAAGAACUAUUUUGAGAAAAAUCUGCUUACUGGUCAAAAUUUACUUGCUACCGAGGAGAGAUAUGAAAAGAUCCUUGACAUGAUUCCUGAUGAAUCUAUUGCUUCUGAACUUAGGGGAAGAUGGCAAGAUAGUAGGCGCUCUUCUAGUGCAAAAGAAGACAUCAAUGUUGUUCGUUGGGAACAGUGCAAACAGUUGCUGCAAUCUGGAAAACAUAAGGCACAAGGGCUGCGUCGGUGCAUUGAAGAGAUUGUGUUCUGCUUUACCUAUCCCAGGCUAGAUAUGGAGGUUUCUAAACAUAUGAAUCAUUUGCUUAAAGCACCAUUUUGUGUACAUCCUAAAACAGGUCGUGUUUGUGUCCCUAUUGAUCCAAAACGGUGCGAGGAGUUUGAUCCUACUACAGUACCCACCCUUUCACAGCUGAUAGAAGAGCUUAAUUAUGAAGGCUCAAGAGCUGAUGCUGAUGGUGCAGAAUCGAAUAGAACUUCGCUUGGAAAUGCAAUUACGCUUUUCAGAUCAUCAUUCUUACAGCCUUUACUAAAAGCCUGCAAGGAGGAGAUUGAAAAUUCCUAUAACUUAAAAUUGCAGCAGUCAAAGAAUUCCCUUGGUUGGUAGUGCCACGUAUUCUUAAUUGGUCAAAUAGAACUGUCUUGGGGUCACAUUAGUUGACACAAUGAAAUGAUGAAAAUUUCGUGGUACUGUUGAAUCUUUUUUUUUGUAUUUUUCUUGCAACUACAACCGUUCUUUCUACUUCUGGUGAGAGAUUAGGCAGUUGAUUUGAAUCUUUCCAUCCACUGUAUAAAUUUUGGAUGAAACAGUUAUUAGGUGUUCCGUGUUAUCUAUAGAUAUUUCUGCCAAUGCGUAGUAAUUUUAAUGUAGUGUCAUGUAAAGGACUACAAGUUUAUUCAUUAUAUAGUUUUCCGGGUAUUUGAAAAUUUGAA